CCUAUCGCCGCCAGCGAGCACUCCUCUUUCUUCCCCUCCCUCAUCAUCUCUAGGGUUCAUCAAUUGGCGGCGGCGGCGGCAAGAUGGUGCAGCGCCUGACCUACCGGAAGCGUCACAGCUAUGCGACCAAGUCCAACCAGACCCGGGUCGUCAAGACCCCAGGUGGGAAGCUUGUGUACCAGUACACCAAGAAGAGGGCGGGCGGACCCAAGUGCCCCGUGACUGGAAAGAAGAUCCAGGGGAUUCCUCACCUGAGGCCUACUGAGUACAAGAGAUCCAGGUUAUCUAGGAACAGAAGGACUGUGAACCGUCCUUAUGGUGGAGUGCUUUCUGGACCUGCUGUUAGGGAGAGGAUCAUUCGUGCUUUCUUGGUUGAAGAGCAGAAGAUUGUCAAGAAGGUCCUGAAAAUCCAGAAAACCAAAGACAAGACAGGAACAAAAUAGAGCUCCUCUAGCAUGGAUGCGCUGUUUUGUACACAACGAAAAGUAUUUUUGAUGGUGGUUAUGAAAGGGAACUAGUUGCCUCGUACUAAAUGUUUAGCUUGUGAGAGACAAACAUCUUGAGAUUAGUAUUUCGAAUUCCUUUGCCUUUUCGUUGUCGGGACAUCUGAUCCCCUAGUUCAUUUGUCAUGAAUUCUGAUGUCUUGGAACUAUAAAUUAGUCAAAUAUGCCAGACUUGUUUGUUGAAAUCUUUUCA